AUGGUUGGCAUGAGCAAUUUUGUCCUCAAUUCGUCCACGCUGGAGAACAUUGUCGGUGUCAGUCGUGGCGCUAGCGCCGAUCUGGAACCUUCACGUGACCAUGACCGCCAGGCACUUAUGGACGAACUGCUAGCAACGAUACGACAAUGUCAGAAGCAGUACGGUAGUCACGCGAAACUAGCCACCGAGGAAGACACACUCAUAAUUACGCUCUGUGAUGUCUGGGAACGUGUGCUGUCGCACGGGCUCCGUACUACCGCCUGGAUCCCGUUCAACAUACUUGAAUAUUUCGGCCCACCCGAGGGAAGACCACCGGUGGAACGGCCAUGUUUUUGGGACUUUGCCUCCAACCAUCUGACACGCGACGAGCGGGACCGUUUCUGUAAUCUGCAGCACGUCGUUACCCGCCGGGGACGUGCCCGAGCAUUGUUGCGUGCAUUUCUCAACGAACACGCACUCGAGCGGUAUGUGCUGAUGUGGCUCGGAGAUGCAGAUCUGCUCGAAACACAUUACGAAUCAUGGGCAAUGUUACGGCAGGCCGAAGUACAAUCGUUAUUACCUAAUGUGGCCGCCGGGUUAGGCACGAUUCUGUUUGCCAUCGUAAUCGAUCGACCGGAAUUAAAUCGCAUAGUCACCGGUCGGGCAGUGCUCGAACCGAAACCCGAACCGAUCAUCGCCACCCGAAGGCCUGUCGGUCCGGCGCGUAAAGUGAAUGCAGUACAGCGUGAAAUACUCGAAGGUUCCGUACCGCGGCAAUUGACUCCUCCAAAUGCUACAUUACGGCAGCUAGAGACUGCGGCAGAAACGCCACCUAACGAUAGUAGGAGCACACCAAGGGAAGAGAUACCAUACACGGUAACAGAGGCACUUUUAGGAUUUGCAGACGAACUAACGUUGCGAAACAGCUCCGCUAACUGGUGUUCCGAUAAACCUGAACCCGAACCACAGGCGGUAGAAGUUGCGGAAGACAGUAUGCUAAACUACUCCUCAGCCAGUGCCACGACCAGUUCCAUUUCCACAUCAGGCAGUUCGUUUUGUGGUGAAGUCCGAGGCACUGAGGAGGACACAGGAUCUAAUGUUGUUUGUAGGAAUCGUACCCAUUCGGCGUCGCAAGUGUACAGCGAACAAUAUGCGAUGAUGUCUGAUGGACAUACAACCAGCCCAGGAGACGAGAAGCUGAAGCGAAGAAAUCAAGAGCUUGAAGAACGUUGCCAUCUACUAGAGUCACGUGUUGCCGCCCUGAGUCUGGAAAACCAUCGCCUGCGUAUGCUGACCAGAGCCAACCGACUUUCAACAGCAUUCUUCACCUUCAGUAUUCCGAAAGCGAUUCAGCGCACCUCCGACAGUGGUCGGUCACGUCGCCCCUACCACGUUUACGAAAUCCGGAUCACACCGUCUGGUGUUAGCGGUUCGACGGCAGGCAAUGAAAGCUGGUGCGUAUAUCGACGGUACAAUGAGUUUUACCGACUGCACCGGCGUUUGCAGAAACAGUAUCCGACGGUGAAAACACUCGACUUUCCACCGAAGAAAAAAUUUGGCAACAUGAAUGCCGAUCUGGUUGAACAAAGACGACAGCGGCUGCAGGUGUACUUGAACGGGUUGUUCGUGUCCGCCCUUCCGGAGAUACUUUCAUGCAGUACACGCGUGCAGUUGGAGCAAACAUUUCCAUUUCUGACUGAUCAUUCGGCAUCGAGUGCAGCCAUAUGA